AUGAAGCCCAUCAACUUAUUCAUUACCUUGUUCAUCCCCUUCGUCGCCGCCGUUCCUGUCCGAGAUACGCAGUCCACCAUCACGGAGCGUGCCAUCUUCGACCUCGCCCCUCUAAACAACCUCACCAACUUCAACCAAGUCAACCUCAACUACCUCCUCAACAUCAACGCCCUGGAUCUCCAACUCCUCUCUGUUCUCGGCUCCAUCCACAACUUCAACAUCCUCGGGUUCAGAGAUCUCUUUCAAGCCCCAUCGUUCGAUGUCCAGCGCCUGCUCCAGUUGCAGCAGUUGCAGACCCUUCUCCAAUUUCAGCGGCUCGGUCUGUUCAACGGCUUUGACCUGGCCGGGCUCAAGCUGGAUCUGCUCCAGCUUGGUUUGAUUAACAGGGUUGGCGUGCUGGAUCUUGCGCAGUUUAUACCGAGAAGUGUUGUGGGACAGGUGGAGCCCGUGGCUGAGAGAGUUGUUGUUAUCAAGGUGCCCAAGGAAUGA